AUGAAGUACACCGUCUGCAUCCUUGCCCUCGCCUCCGUCGCCUUCGGCGUCACUAUCCAGGAGCGCAAUGAGUUCAUCAAGCGCCAGGCCAACACCCAGGAUGCCGUCCCCGUCAACGUUGCCGCGAUGACCGAUGCGAACGGCAACGUCAAGCAGUUUGACUCCAAGGGAGUCUACCUCGACAUGCAGGCCAAGGGUCUGUAA